AUGCCAGUUGAUGAGUUUAAAGAAAACUGCACGAUAAAUAUCGGAAGUUGCGACAACUCAACAUGGUUAUGGAACUCAUCCAGUUACAAUGACUCGGAUGAAGAUUUGAGUUCACCUUUUAUCACAAAGUUACAAAUAGGUUUUCAGCUGGUCGUUGGUUUGCUGGGAACUUUCGGUAAUGUAUUGGUUUUCACCGUCAUUCGAGAAAUGAAAAGGAAAAAGUCAAGAACGGAUAUAUUUGUACAAAAUCUUUCUAUUGCAGACCUUGGAAUCUUCUUGCUGUCAACUCCGCUCAUGGCUAUCAAAGAAAGAUUGCCGUAUAACUGGCCUUUUGGGAAGUUUGCUUGCCUUUAUUUAUAUCCCAUUCCCGAAAUUUUUCACGGGGCAUCGGUUUGGUGUAUUGCUGUUAUUGCCUUCGACCGAUAUCGACAGAUAAUAACACCGCGGAUUUAUGGUCCCAACAAACGCAGGACUUUGCUGAAGAGGGCCAAGUAUGUUGUUGCCUGUGUAUGGGUUGUUUCUUUUCUGGCACUUUGUUUACCACUUUACUUUGUCGUGGAAUAUCAGAGAACAACCGGGAGAUGGUGUGGUCCUCGCUGGCCACAGCGGUUGUUUGCACAAGCGUACAUGAUCUUGCUGACAGUUUUCUCAUAUUUGUUACCUCUAGCUGUGAUUUCGUGGACUUAUUUGGCGAUCUCGCGUAUAAUUCAACGAAGUAAUGCAUUUAUCAAAAAUAUAAUACAUGGUAAUGGAGCAUUGGAAGACAGGUGCUGUGUCUCUUCAACAAAAAAUGUGCGCCUGCGUCAAAACAGGAGGGCAAAGAAAAUUCUCACACCGAUGGUUUUGGUGUUUGCAGUUACAAUGCUUCCUCUCAACGUCUUCAGACUAACCAUUGUGUUUUGGCCUGCAAUGGGGAAACAAGAUUAUUAUCAAAACCUGCUGUACGCAAUAUCGGUGUUCGUCAUGCUGAACUCUGCGGCCAACCCUGUUAUCUAUUCAAUUGCAAGUAGGGACUUUCGCAGGGGAAUAAAAAAUUUAUUUCAUAAAGAAUCGUGA